AUGGAGGAGGCCAUAGCGAAUAGGAAUUUCGACGAUUUGAGGGAGCUUUUCAAGGCGGAGAAGAAGACAGUCAAGGACGACGAAUUUGUGAUAGUCAAAAUCGAUGGACUGCUCAAAAAGCGAGGUUAUCGAGUGAUGGAAGUGCCGUCGGAGCAGAAGGAGGAAUUCGCGCGGCUUCAUUUCAAUUUUGUAAUGAAUUGCACUAAAUUGGGAUACUGCUCCAAAAGCACGCCGAUUCUGACUCUCCAGGACAUUCUAGAAGUUUCGUCGAUUGAAGAGUGCAAGCACCUAUUUGGCCUAGUUGAAGAGAAUAUGAACGAGUUUAAGCAGGUAAAAUGGCUCGAAAUGGACCAAAACUUGCUACCCGGAUUCAUCGAAACGUACCAAAACAUCAUUCUCCGCCUCUGCAACGACCUUCUCCGUCGACUCAGCCGAACUGCGGAGACGUCGUUUUGUGGAAGAAUCAUGUUCUUCUUGUCCAGAUUCCUCCCGCUGACCGAGAAGUCUGGUGUCAACUUUAUGGGUCACUUCAACACGCUCAACAUCACCACUUUUGAAGAGAACGAGCCAACUGCUGAAUCCCUGCUCGCCGCCACGUCAUCACAUCAUGCAGCUACGCCGUCUGGAGCAACGCCCGGAGCCGAAGGAGAGGAUAUGGAGACUGGAGAGAUUGAAGAGGAAGCGGCAAAAGAAAUCAUCGUGACGCCAGAGAUGUAUCGACAGUUUUGGUCGCUUCAAAAGUUCAUGUCCAACCCCAACUUGCUGUAUGAGAAGGAGAAAUUUGUGGUUUUCAAGAAGGAUCUCACCGCCGUGCUCUCCCUGAUGACAGCCAAUAAAUUGGAGAAAUUCGCAGCUGAAGACGAGUCAGAAGUGGCUGAAAGUCGAAAGAAGAUCAACAACGACGUCUUUUUUACCAAAUAUUUGACGUCUCCAAAGCUGCUGGCUCUUCAACUCAAUGAUUCCUCAUUCCGACGGAACUUCCUCAUCCAAACCAUCAUCAUUUUCCAGUAUCUGAAUGCGGAGAGCAGAUUUAAGCCGCCCGCCAAACCCCAAAAUCCCUAUUUUCAGUGGAAAAUAGGUCAUUUUCUGCUAAAAAUAGGCCAUUUUCAGUCGAAAAUAGGCCAUUUUCACCUUAAAAUCCCCCAAAAUUCCCCUCAAAACCCAAUUUUUUCCAGAAAAAUGGUGCUAAACGAGGAGCAAUCGAAAUUCGUGCACGACUACGAGGACAAAUGCUAUCGUCUUCUCUCGGAUACAAUGCCACGUGGCACGGCGUUCGUCGCCGGACUCAAGAGGAUCAUGCAAAGAGAAACGGAGUGGAAUCAGUGGAAGAACUCGAAUUGUCCGGAUUUGUCCGAAAAAGCGGAUAAGGGAGCAAUGCAGAUGUAUAAGAAACGUCAACGCGUCCCAUUCAACCCCAAUAAUUUGGAUCUUGGCACUCCGGAACUCACAAAACUAUGGACCUACGAACCGGACGUUCUAAAAGCCUGCAAAUCGGAUAAAAGAAAAUUCAUUCCAACACUGGCGGAUUUCAUUCGGGACCCAUUGGACGAAAUGGACCCAGAACAGCAGGUCGAGGAGCAGUAUAAAUCCAUCAACGAAGUAUCAUUCCAAUGGCGUGCCGCCCGUCUCCUGAUGCACAAAGCCCCUGGAUACGUGUCAAAAACCGAGCCAAAAGCGGAUCCAACGACGAAUAUGCCGGACCAUGUACAACGCCGGAAAAACCAUCGACGAAUUCAAGUCUGGAAUCGAGGAACGAGAGAGAAGAGACGCAGAGAAACGAGCCGCGUCGGGAGAGAAAAAAGAGGCGGAGGCGAGGAAGAAGGUGGAGGAAUCGCUGAAGCGGAAGUUGGAUACCAAUACGAAGAGUACCACGAUCGUUGUCUCCUCGCCGAACCCCUACACGGACCCAUCGCUCACCGACGAAAAUCUCCGUCAACUGGCGACGGAUUUGUCGAAAUUCUCGAAAAAAUUGGCAAAAUUGGUGGGAAUCGACGAGGGCGCGCUCCAGAAGACGUCGUCAUCGUCCUCCAACGACGAAGCAGACCGCUGCUAUCGAAUUCUCAAAGAGUGGGCGGAGCGAAACGGGACAAGUGGGCGGAGCCUGUUGAACCUGCUCAUCGCCGAUUUGGAUGUGAUAGAGGUGGCGACGGCGACGAUGAAGUAUUUCAGAAAAUCCACGAAACGUCGACAUAG